UCACUGGUGUUUCACAAUACCUGAGGAUGGGGCUUGCUGAAUAGGUCAGGCUAUCGUCUCCCUCUCUUCCUGGAUUUCUUUCUGAAUUGGAGCCCUUUGGCAUAUGGUGGUAGACCAUGUGGAGGUUGCUGUCACAAGGACUUAUUUUAUUGUGCUGCGUCUUUCAGGAAAGCAUCGGCAUCACCAGACGAUAUUUCAUUGGAGCGGUGGAGAAGGAAUGGAACUAUAGGCCUGACAAACAGAAUGGAUUGUCUUCCUCUGCCCCAGUCCCUCAAUAUAAGAAGGCAAUUUAUUUGGAAUACACGGAUUCUACAUUCAGAGAAAUAAAACCCAAGCCUGCUUGGAUGGGUCUUCUGGGCCCCAUCAUCCAAGCUGAAGUUUAUGACAAGGUGGUUGUUACCUUUAAGAAUCUGGCUUCCCAUCCCUUCAAUAUUCAUGCUAAAGGAGUGUCUUAUUGGAAAGCUUCUGAAGGGGCAGGCUAUGAUGAUAAGACCAGCCAGCUAGAGAAAGAAGAUGAUGCUGUGCAGCCUGGUCAAACCCAUGUCUAUGUGUGGGAGAUCUUAGAAAAUCAAGGGCCAACUGGAUCAGAUACACACUGUUUAACUUAUGCCUACUCCUCUCAUGUGGACAGUGUCAGGGAUACUAACUCUGGACUGAUUGGACCACUGCUGGUCUGCAAGCCAGGGACUUUGACAAGUAUGAGUACAAAAUCCUGGGGCAAAAUGCAAGAAUUUGUGCUGCUUUUUUCAGUGUUCGAUGAAGACAAGAGUUGGUAUACUCCAUCUCACAUCAGAGGAAACUCGGAGUCUCCACCUAAUCAGCAUCAAUUUCAUACCAUCAAUGGAUUCAUUCAUUCUUCUCUGCCUGGUCUCAAGGUGUGUGAGAAGAGGCCUGUCUAUUGGUAUGUCAUUGGCCUGGGCACCAGGCCUGAAGUCCACUCCAUACUUUUUGAGGGUCACAGUUUCUUGGUGAGAGAACAUCGGUAUGCAACUCUGGACAUCUCCCCUGCCACUUUCCUCACUGCUGAGACAACACCCAGAACUAAUGGCACAUUUCAGAUGCUCUGCCAGAUUCCAUCCCAUCAGCAAGCUGGCAUGAAAGCCUUGAUUGAAGUGGAAGUUUGUCCAGAACCUCCUGAGAAGAAGAUGAGGAUGGCAGAACCAUCUGUGGAUGAGGACAAUUAUGAUUAUGAAGAGGAGGAUAUGGAAAGCAUAGUGAUAGACAUGGAUGAGUUUUCACCAAGGAUUGCUGGACGUUCUCGUGCCAAAAGACUGCCUGUGACCUGGACACAUUAUAUUGCUGCAGAGGAAGGUGAUUGGGACUAUGCCCCGGUAAAACCCACUAACCUGGACAGCACUUACAGUAAGUCUCUGGAAAAUGGCCCCCAGCGGAUUGGGUCCAAGUAUAAGAAAGCAAUGUUUGUGCAAUACGAGGAUGCGACUUUCAGUAAGCGGAAGGCAUCCAAACCAGAUCACAUGGGCAUCCUGGGACCUGUCCUGAAAGGAGAAGUUGGCGACGAAUUUAUUAUUGUAUUUAAGAACUUGGCCAGCCGGCCAUACAACAUUUACCCUCAUGGAAUCACCAAUGUCACCUCAUUUCACAGCACUGGAAGUCCCCGACAUCAGAAUAUGAAGUUGAUAGCUGUACGACCUAAAGAUGUGGUUGCAUACAGGUGGAAAAUAAUGCCUGAGGAUGGCCCAACCAGAUCUGAUCCUCGUUGCCUGACUCGCUACUAUUACAGCUCAAUCAAACCAUCUAAAGACUUAGCAUCUGGGCUUAUUGGACCCCUCCUGAUCUGUUUUAAAGAAACCAUGGAUCGGAGAGGCAAUCAGGUUAUGUCUGAUGAAGCAAGAUUUGUGCUGUUUUCUGUCUUUAAUGAAAAUUGGAGCUGGUACUUGGCAGAGAACAUCAAAAAAUCUUGUACCGAUGCAGCUAACGUUAAUCCCCAGGACCCUGAGUUCUAUGCAUCCAACCUCAUGUACAGUAUCAAUGGGUAUGUCUUUGAUAAUCUUCAAAUGGAACUUUGCCAGAACCAAGUGGUAUAUUGGUAUAUCCUGAAUGUGGGUGCCCAGACCAAGAUCCUCUCUGUCUUCUUCUCUGGAAACACUUUUAAGCACAACACAGUCUUUGAGGAGGCCCUGACAAUCUUCCCUCUCUCUGGAGAGACUGUUUUCAUGUCCAUGGACAAUCCAGGCAAAUGGAUGCUGGGAUGCUUGGAUCCUAAUUUUCGAAAACAGGGAAUGAGAGCUAAGUUAACUAUUUCAGCAUGUCCCCAAGAAGAGGAUUUUAACCAGGACUAUGAAGACUACUCUGAUGAAAGCAUUCCACUAAACUAUAUGAAUGAAGGCAAUAACCUACAGGCAAGAGGUUUCUCCAAGAAAAGUAAACAUCUCGAACUUUGCAUAAACCAGCAUCCGAAUGCUACAUCAUUUUCAGAAGAUGAAAGGCUGAAGUGCCUUGAACAACCUGACCAUCUUCUCAAACAAAACCAUCACAAUAACUCCACUGACCCACUCAUAUCUCCUGAGGAACCCUUAUCCCUAGAUGAACCCUUGUUUGACAUCUUGCCCACAGAUGUUUUCCCCAUAGAAGAACAAUUACCUCUACUGAAGCAAAGUUUUGAAGAACACUCUCCUUCAGAAAACUCAUCACUUGCACAGGAAAUAUCACAUCAUAAUAACCUUUCAUUAGCAAGUGUAGCCAAUCUAGACAGAGAGGUUCUUGGCUUUGGAAAUCCCAGGCCAACUGAUGGUGCUGGAAAUCUACAGAACUCUACAUCUUUAAGCGAAGAUUUUUUCCUUGGUGACAAUGGUAUUCAUACAGUGUCCCACCAUGAAACAAUUGAUGCAAAGCCUCUGAGGCAGAGUCCUCAGGAUAAUGAGAGGGAGAAGAUUAUGCAACUCAGGAUAAAUCCACCUGUUGGGUUGCCAGAUCUCUUGAACAGACAAAAUCCCUUAUUUCCAAAGAAAGAUGAAACAAUAGAUUCAGACAGGUGGACUGAUAUUAUGGACAGGGCCCUCUAUAUUAAUGAUAUUGAAAAUUCUAACAAUAGCUUCCCUAUAAAUCCUUCUUCUACUAAUAAAAAAAUAGAUAGCCUGCAUCUCCAAGGAGAUUUCCAAGAAACGAACCAAGACAAGUAUAUCUCAGGAAAAGAAUCUUUACCCAGAUUCAGUGUUGCACCCAGUAAGACCAGUGUCACAAAUUCCCAUGGAGCCCUGAAUAUAUUUGUGGAGCAAAAUGUUACACAAAAUAGGUCAGCAGAUACAAUUUUAAAUAUUCCCCAAAUAAACUUAUCUGGAAAAGGGGAUAUUUUACAUGAAGGAGGAACCUCUCCAUCACAGCUAGCUGGCCUGGGAAAGGGUACAAGUUCUAAGGCAGAAGAGAGUCAGUCAAAACUAAACAUAGAGAGCCCAGAAAAGUCAACAGAUGGGACAAAGUCAGCGUCCUGUCAACAGAAUUCCCAUGAUUGCAGUAGACACUUAGGAGAGAGGUCUGUGAAAUCACAGGAAACCACAGCUGCUAUUGCAGAAAUGAAAACAAAAACUUCUAGCAAGAGUGAUGAAAGAGUUCAGUCUUUGCUCAACUUCCUCAUCGCAAACAGUGAGACUAAGGCUUCUAUAACAAGGCCUCCUUUAAAUGAUAGAGCUAAAGGAGAUCAUCAAAUAACAAAUGAUGGCGGAACCACAGCUUCAUAUGAUUCUCUACUGAACAUAAUCCAAUAUAAUCUAAGCUUACCUCGGGCAGUGAAAAAUGUUAUCAAUACCACCGUGAUUUCCAAUCAUUUUAGACCAGAAACAAGGGACCACAGUAUGGAAAUGAGGCUAGGACUGACUUCAACUGUUUUUGUAGAAGGAAAUAUUUCGGAAGCCAACUCUCCUCAAAAAAACACAGGACAAGCACAUACAUCUGGCUUAUUCAGCACUCCCAAAGAUGCACCAGUUAUGAGACAAGCUGGCCCAGAAACACUUUUGCAGCUGCAGCUGAGGAAGUCUAGUGUAGAACAGGGGCAAACAUUAAGAAAUGAAUCUUUGAAGGCUACCAUUAAAAGGGAGGAGGUGAAAAUCUCAACACAACAGGCUCCAGCAGCAAAUGAUCUGCUCUCUCAAGACCACCUAGCAUUCAGUCAGGCCAUUCAAGGGCAGCUGUUGAAGAGAGUUAAUAGUUCAAAAGAAAUGAAUGGGUUUAACAAUGAACAAAGUGAUACUCCUGUCUCAAGAGAUGAAUCACCAGUAUUUGAAGGGAAGGAAGGGAAGGAAGAAGUGGGAAUGCCAUUCAGCAAGAAUUCAGGUGCCAAGUUUCAUGUGAAGAUCUCCAGAACUCCUUUAGGUGUCAACCAGCCAGCAGAAAAAAACUUCUCAGCUAUGAAAAAGAAAUCUGACUAUGAUGAUUAUAGCAAUACAGAGGAGACCAAGGAGGACUUUGAUAUCUAUGAAGAUGAACAGGAUCCCCGUAUGUUCACUGGGAAAAUACGACAGUAUUACAUCGCUGCGGUUGAGGUGACAUGGGAUUAUGGCAGCCAUAUUCCUUCCCCAUAUCUAAGAGACAAUGACCCAAAGACCAGCUGGAGGAAGAUCUCUAGAAGUUAUAAGAAAGUGGUUUUCCAAGAAUAUUUAGACAGCACUUUUACUCAACCAAUGGUCCGUGGAGAACUGGAUGAGCAUUUGGGCAUUUUGGGGCCAUACAUCCGGGGACAGGUUGAAGAUACAAUCAUGGUGACUUUUAAGAACAUGGCUUCCCGUCCUUAUUCUUUCCAUUCUAACUUACUGCCAUAUAAAGGGAGCUGGGAGGAUGGAGAACAGCAGACACCGGAGGCUGUUCAGCCAAACCAGCUUCGGCAAUACUCCUUCAAGGUGUUGCCUGAUAUGGCUCCUACCACCAGUGAAUUUGACUGCAAAGCAUGGGCAUAUUUUUCCAGCGUUAACCUGGAAAAAGACCUGCAUUCCGGUCUUAUUGGGCCUCUGAUUAUUUGCCAGUCUGGGGUGCUCCGCACCACACACGGAAGGCAAUUGGCUGUUCAAGAAUUCUCCUUGCUCUUCACCAUCUUUGAUGAAACAAAGAGCUGGUAUUUUGGGGAGAACUUUGAAAGGAGCUGCCCACUGCCUUGCCACAUUCAGAUGGACGAUCCUGCCGUUAAAACCAACAAUACCUUUUAUGCUAUCAAUGGUCAUGUGAGAGACACGUUGCCAGGGCUGGUGAUGGGACUACAUCAGCGGGUCAGGUGGUAUCUGAUGAACGCAGGUGGUGCUGAGGACAUCCACUCUGUCCAUUUCCAUGGGCAAGUUUUCACCAUCAGAAUGGCUGAGGAGUACCGUUCGGCCAUCUUCAACCUCUUCCCUGGUGACUUUGAGACAGUGGAAAUGAGACCAUCUCAUCCCGGGAUUUGGCGGGUGGAAUGUGCUGUUAGUGAGCACGAGCAGGCAGGAAUGAGUGCCCUCUUCCUUGUGUACAACAAAGAUUGCCAGAGUCCUCUAGGUUUAGCUUCUGGAUACAUUGCUGACUCUCAGAUCACAGCUUCAGGACACCAUGGUGAAUGGGUCCCCAGUCUGGCCAGAUUGGACAACUCUGGGUCAGUCAACGCUUGGAGGACUGAUGAAAAGAACUCCUGGAUCCAGGUGGACCUGCUCCAACCCAAGAUCCUCCAUGGAAUAAAGACACAAGGAGCUCGGCAGAAGUUAUCUAACUAUUACAUCUCCCAGUUUGCCAUCUUCUAUAGUCUGGAUGGAGAGGGAUGGAAGAGUUAUAGAGGCAAUUCUACCAACUCCAGAAUGAUGUUCUCUGGGAACGUGGAUGCUGUGAGCGUGAAAGACAAUGCCUUCGACCCUCCCAUCGUAGCCCGCUACAUCCGUCUCCACCCAACACACUUCAACUUUCGAAACACGUUGCGCAUGGAGCUGCUAGGCUGUGACCUGAAUAGCUGUUCCAUGCCACUAGGAAUGGAGAGUAAUUCUAUUCAUAAUGAACAGAUUUCUGCCUCCUCUUGGAUUGACUAUGCAUUUGGUACUUGGUCUCCCUUUCUGGCCCGGCUCAAUACAAAAGGGAGAAUAAAUGCAUGGAGACCAAAGGUUGACGGCACAGCAGAGUGGCUUCAAGUGAAUUUUAAAAAGAUGGUGCGGGUGACGGGAUUGAUAACUCAAGGUGCGAAGUCUGUCUUCACCCACAUGUUUGUAAAGGAGUUUUCUCUUUCCAGCAGCAUGAAUGGCAAAAUCUGGAUACCUGUUCUUCACAAUGGGGAGACACAGAUUUUCCAGGGAAACCAUGAUUAUUUCCAGCCCGUGAUGAACUUUCUGGAUGUCCCAUUAUUUGCCAAGUAUUUGAGGAUACACCCACUCAGCUGGAACAAUCACAUUGCACUGAGGAUGGAGGUGCUGGGCUGUGACACUGAGCAGAUGGACUAGUGAAGAUGAAACUGUCUUUUGCUUUUGCGGCGAACACUCAAACAAGGUGAACCCUCCUACGGAUAGCCCACUGCAAGCUAUUUAUCAUGAUAAACAAACUUCAAUUACCCAUGUAUUUUUGACCACAGUGUUUUGCUGCAUAAGAAACAAUGUAGUCUCUGAAAAAUGUUGCAAGGGUAUAACACUUGACGUUUGUCUGCUGUGGGUUUUCUUAUGAUCCCAUUUUGGAAUUUAUGAACAGUAAUGUAUCUUCCCUUGCAAACCUUGCAUUGGACUUCUUAGAGCCAGGAUGUUAGCUGCAUGAAUUCCUAUGUUCAGCUUUACCUUUUUAGUUAGUGGGAAGGAGGAGUUGAAAUGUGCACUUUCUUCCCACAUCACUGUUCCAGUGAUGUUCUUCCCAAAGUUUCCACUGAUAUCAAAAGACGAGGAAAGCAUCAUAACCAUUUCCUACUGAAUACUGAAGGAGGAGGAAAAUUUUGCCUUUGGGUAGAUAUAGUAGCUGAGCAGAGGUCCUAAUAGUAAAGUGUUUGCUGUCCUCCAAUAUUUCAAGGAAGCUGUAAGUAGCUCCUGAAAGCGAGAUUAACCCGUAGGAGGCCAAAACAUCUAGUCAACGUGUCUAGAAGUGAACAAGAGACUUAUUAUUUACUAGCACCAGCCUUCCCCCAGUGUUGGACUACAAGCAGCCAUGUAGGUUGGGGCUGGUGGGAAUUGUCAUUGGUCACAUCAGGAGGGUAUCCAGUUGGGAAAGGCUGAUUUGUUUACUGCUGCUGUUGAACCACCUCCACCAGAACGCAUCACCACAUCUGAAUGGAUCAAGCUACCAGUAAACUACCCUCUACUUC